GUCGAGCCGGGCAGAAGUAGUAGGGGCUUCUGAGAAGUCCUGAGUCGGUGACGAACUCAGGCUCUGAGAGCGAGGCGUCUGUGGCGGGACUCGACCUGGCAAGUGACUCUUCUGCCAACUUUCAACUUUUCCUGGAAAAAUGGACCAUUCCCAUCAUAUGGGGAUGAACCAUACAAACCACAGUAGCACCAUGCCACCAUCUCACCAUCACCCGACCUCAGCUUCGCACUCCCAUGGCGGAGGAGACGGCAACAUGAUGAUGAUGCCUAUGACCUUCUACUUUGGCUUUAAGAAUGUGAAACUGUUGUUUUCCGGUUUGGUGAUCAAUACAGCUGGAGAAAUGGCUGGAGCUUUUGUGGCAGUGUUUUUACUAGCAAUGUUCUAUGAAGGACUCAAGAUAGCCCGGGAGAGUCUGCUGCGCAAGUCACAAGUCAGCAUUCGCUACAAUUCCAUGCCUGUCCCAGGACCAAAUGGAACCAUUCUUAUGGAGACACACAAAACUGUUGGGCAGCAGAUGCUGAGCUUCCCUCACCUCCUGCAGACAGUGCUGCAUGUCAUCCAGGUGGUCAUCAGCUACUUCCUCAUGCUCAUCUUCAUGACCUACAAUGGGUACCUCUGCAUUGCAGUAGCAGCAGGGGCUGGAACAGGAUACUUUCUCUUCAGCUGGAAGAAGGCAGUGGUAGUGGACAUCACAGAGCAUUGCCAUUAACAUCAGAAUCCAUGGUGUGGCCUUAUUGAUUGCAGUGGAAAGAGGUUCAAGACUGGAAGACGUGGUUCCUGCUCCAAUCAUCCCUCUUGCUCCUCUUUACACAAACACACACACCUGCUGAAUAGAGGUCUAGUUUACAGUCUCCAAGAUAAAAUGGUGAUUUCCCAAACUGUUUUUUUCUAAUAAGCUGAGAUUCUCAUUCCUUUUGAGAAGCCUCCCAUAAGCUGUCCUCUCCCCCCUCAUCACCCUAGAUCCUUGUCUAAUCCAGGUAGCUUUCUAGUGGAUGACUUGUUCAUCUGUGUCCUUUCUUAAUCUUCUGGGUUUUCUUUAACAGACAAUAUGUGAAUUUGGUGGGAUUUUUUUCUGGGUCAGUGAUGGAUCGGGAUUAACUUCAGCCAGCAAUGGUAGCUGAGGGAGAUUCUUGCCCAACUAAACCCAGGACUCAAACAUCAUAUUAGAAAGUAAGCUUCAGUCCUUGGACUCAGUGGGUGAGAACGACAUUGUGCCUUCUCUAGGUGUGGUGUGUGGCACAAAAUCUUUGUAGCUUUUGAGGUGUUUUGAGACUAAAACAGGCCUAGAGCUUGCAGAAUGUGUAUUCUUGGGCUGUGAACUCAUCAACAUGUGUUCCCACUUAACAUUUUGAUUUGAAGGAGCUUGUCAGUUUAAAAAUAAAAAAGACAAUCAAUUAGAGAAAAUAGAUAUAGAUAUUUUUAAAUAAAACCAUUGGCAUUUUACUUGGACUUGGUACUUUGGUUUUUCCAAGCUGAAUUUAGUAAAAGAGUUUGAAUUCUUUUUUCCCAUUAUUUUCAUUUGUCUGCAUCUAAACCAGUGAUUUUCAACCUUUAGCAUGCAUCUUAGAAUCACCUGGUGGGCUUGGUAAGACAUUAGUUGUGGGCCUUAACCCCAGAGCCCCCAAAUUGGCAUUUCUAAGUUCCCAGGUGAUAUUCCUGCUGAUGGUCCAGAGGGUUACACUUUGAGAAUCUCUGCUUUAAACUGAGGAAGUGUCACCUGGGGAGGAGAGGGGCUCCCUGGGCAUGAAAAUUUGAAUUGCUGGUUGUAGAUGCUAUGUCUGAGCAUACCUCACAUAGUGAAGCUGCUAGUCAAUACUUUAUCAUUCCACAAACUUUUUUUCAGCUCCUGCUGUGUGUGCACGGGUGUGAAGGACUAUAGCCAAAGUACUUUUAUCAGCAUGUAUGAAGUCACUCGUCCUUAUUUUUAAGAUCUGUGGUUUCUUGGAAGUAGUUUGAAGGCUGAGAGAGACCUUUGAUCUGUGGUGUAAAUCAGAUAGGCAUGGGCCAGGAGGGCAAAAGCCCCAUUUUCUCUUUGGAGAGACUUAGGGUGUGGUCUGCUGAUGGCCAGAUCUUCCUCAUCCUCCACCAUCCAUGCCCCUGCAGGGCAGAUCCGCAUUGUCUAUGUGACCAUCUUUAUUACUCUUGGGGACUGAAUUAGAUCACAGGUGGCCCAAACCUCUUUUCACAAUGAAGAAUCAUAUUGGAUUUUUAUUCUGUUCAGUCUUAGUCUGUAUUGCAGUCUUCUUCCCAAACUACCUCUUUAAAGUGAUUCUUCCUGUGCUGGUCUGUUAAAUCCUGCCCUUCUUGGUGCUAGAGCCUGCUGUGCCUCAGGGCAGAGAAGACCAAAAAAAAAAAAAAAAAAGCAGCUAUCUCAUAGACCUGUGUUGUGGUUUUGAAGUUUGUACUUUCUCUGUGGCUGCCAGUUAAAUAUUGGAGAGUGAGGAAUGUGUACUUCUAUGGCUUUGAACCAAGAGGGUUAUGGCCUACUGGAUUUAGGUUAAAAUCCAAGCAGCAGCAUUUAGAGCUUUGUGCUUUCCUCUCAUUUCAUCCCCUUGUAGUGCUGAUACUUGUAGGCAAGAGCUGUGAAUGACAGGAGCCCAGCAUUAAGGUGUAAAAGCUUCUUGUUGUGUCAGAAGCCAAGGGAUGAUAAAACCUGAGGAAUAUGUAAGAAUCAAUGCCCAGUAGUGACCAACAUGAGCUACUAUAAACUAUAAACUUCCAAAAACAAGAUCUUAUCAGUAAGUGAGAAAAAUCAAGGCCAAACCAAAAAAAAAAAAUCAAGGCCAGUUAAGACAAAGUACUUUGAAUUUUAAAUUCACCAAGAGAAACCUCAGUUUGCGACAGGUCUUCGGUGUUCAGGGUAGAGAAAAUCUCCUAAAAAGACUGAAUUUUAGAGAUCCUCAGACUAGGUUGCCAAAGGAUAAAGCUAGGGAAGGUGAAAAAAGUUAAAGCUUAAAUUCCAUCACUCUAGCUUUGUCUCAGUGGUGUUCACUUCUGUAUCCCUGUUCACUCAGAAUUUACUUCCUGAUAUCUUUGACUUUUGGGAUCUAAACUUCUCUUUUCCUCCUUCCCUGUUCAUAUCUGGAAGACUGUAUCCCCAUUUCUUUGACCGUUAUUACUCUGCUCUCCUCUUCCCUGUCUUUGUCUUUUCUCCCACAUGGUCUAGUGGGUUAAAUCUCCCCGGCUAUCCUGGUGUAGUGGGCAUCGCUACACGGUGAAUAUAAAUACCAGUCAGAAGUUGGUAUUUAUAAACCUGUAGAAACCUAAGUAGGCUUCAAGAAGCAACUAGAAUUUCUCUUAAGACUGGGUAAAGGGCUACCUAUUACCCUCCCCAGAGUUAUAAAAUUGUAGGUGCUGCUCCAGUCUGAUGCAGGAACACUCAACUCCUACAAAUAAGGAAUCCACUUGUCCACCAGGAGAAAAGAAAUUAAGAGUCUCUUCACUACUGCUAUUUAGGGUUGCCCAGAAUUCCCUUUCAGUCUGUGGGUACGUAGGUUCCUGUCACAAGGGGUUCCUUUUAAAGAGCUAGGGGUGAGGCAGGGGGUACAUGUUCAUGUCAUUUAAUUUUCAUCCUGCCCCUCCAGCUGCUUCUUCAGAAGAUAUAUCUAAAGAUACAAAGUUUGCAUUUGAUAUAAUGCCUUAAUCAUUGGGUCUACAAUUCAUGUUGACUGUCUUAGAUUGUAAGCUCCUGGAGAGCAGUAUUGCUGUAGUAGGGAUGUUUUAACAUGUCAUGUGCAAAAGAACAAAAUAAAUAUUUUGAUUUUAUUUUA